AUGAUUUUUUGUAGCGAGGAAGUUAUUCUUAAGGAUCUUAAGCAGCACUCUGUGGAUUCAGAAAAUUUUGGUCAUGCUGAAAGCGGCUCUACAGCUUCCUCGAUGCGGCGACGUCGCGGUUGUGUUGAGUCGCGAGACCGUAAUCCCCCUGUUGAAUGGGAGACUGCUAUUCGGAAUUUAAACAUGAUGCAGUUAGAAAAUAGAGAGCGUCUAAACGGAUCGAUACAACGAGAGAGCUCCAUGCGUUCGGUUACAUCACAGGGAAUGCAUCAUUACAACAGUUCCUCAAUUAUUGUUCCACACGACCUACCCGAAGCUUGCAGCCCCAUGCCCCGCAACCCUACAUCUAACAUGAAACCACCUCAAAGUGGUCGUGAUGGGAGCACAACGCAGGGCUCGUGGGUAGCACGUGAUGGCACCAUUUCCACAGCACUCGAGAAGAAGGAGUUUCUACAGCCCGAUGAUUCGAUCAACAACAUAAAUACAGCGAAGCCUUCUUAUGUGUCGUUGCAGCACAAAUGGUGUGCUUCACCUCCUAUGGCACCCGUCUCACAUUCGUUGUCCCCACAACCAGGUAUCUUUGGUGACGACCAUUUAAUAGCGAUUCCCAACAGAGGCAAUAUGAGUCAGGAGAAAACAACACCCCCCAGGUCCUCGGUGGGGAUAUCGAAAGUUCUGACGCCUCGACCCAAAACAGCUGGCAUAGCCCAGGUUGACGACAUCCACAUAGCUCCCACCCUAAAUGGGAAUGGUGACCGUGUGGAGAAUUCAACGAAAGUUGGAGUGCGUGCCUGCACAGAUGUGGCAAGCGAUACCGGAUCUAUGCACUCCAAAGGGGGUGCAGGUAUUGUUGGAAGUCGUACGACCCCCGAACACAAACCAUGUCCUCCCCCUGAGCACAUGUCAACCCCUACUCCGCGAGGUAAGGCACCGAGCGGAUCACAAAGUCCCUCCAUUAAUUCGGUGAAGGCAAUUGAUCCCAUUAUUGCAGCCAUACCGUCACUUUUAUGCAAGGCCGAUAGCCUCGUCAUCUCAUCUUGCUCAAACUCUACUGUGAUGAAUUCCGAUAAAAAGUCAAAGCACUCCUCGUCGAAGAGGGAAACCAUGGGGCCACGAAAAGAGCCUCGAGCUGCAUCAGCCGUGAAGUGCGGUGCCACUCCACGCCGCAUGGGCACAGCAAGCGCGGGAAUCCCUCGUCGCACCCCUCGCGUUCGUGGCGAAGAAAAGGGAAAAUCCAUAAUACCAAGUGGUACUGCAUCCGUAUCGACUUCCAACAACAUCAGUCGAGUUAGUGGAAGCGAUAGCAGCGACCAGCGAAGAACUUCCACGCAAAGUGCGAUAAAGAAUAUUCUCAAUGCCUCUCUGCACACCGCACGAUCUCCCUUAGACCCCAACCCGACUAGCAUCAUACUUGCUGCAGCACCCACAGUGAAUACAGAAAAUCUCAUGAGUCACAAGCCGCAAAUAUCAUCCACGCAGCAUAGAAUGUCCACCGCCAGCCUGUUGCCCUGCAAAAACUUGGUGUCCUCUCCUCGAGGCACCACCAAAAUAGCCACUGAAGAGUGUAUCUCUGCCUCAUCCCUGCCUUCCGGGGAUGUCACUUCUGGUAAGAAGCAGUCGGCUUAUACAUCUGCCCAACGACGUCAGAAAGCCCCACUGAUUUAUAGGACCACUGUACUGACUGAACAGAGGCGGUUGGACUCUCAGCGGGUGCGUAGCGAGCGCAAGAAGGAGGAGGAGGAGAAAGUUAAUCCUGCAGGUACCGGCCACCCAGGCUACACCGCAUUGCGCCCAGAUAAGUCGUCAGUCACUCGCGAGAGUGGCGUUCCGGUCCCCAUCAAGCGGCCAACCCAACGUCCCUCACACACGAUGCUUGUAGUUCAGUACCCCACAACUCACACGACCUCGCAGAAGAAGUCAAGUGCGCCAGUUAAAGUGACGGAGGUCUCCCCGGAGAGGACCAAAGAGUUCUCGAACCCUUCCCGGUGCAUUAAUAAUACCCAUAACAGCACCUACUUAGACCCCCAGGGGCGAGCUUUGACGGAACGCAAGCACUCCCCUUCCCAAAAGAUUGAGCGAAGCGGUCAUGUGACCGGCCACAUGGCCGCCGUUGAGGCGAUGAUCUCCGGCGACGGCGAGGCCGCUGAGCCCGCUCGGACCCCCCGUGGCAAGACGCCUGUGCCUUUCUGCAUUCAGUGCGGCAAACGCCACAUUAGCGACAUCGCCAAAUUCUGUGCGUUUUGUGGGCAUAAACGCGAGGUUGUAUAG